GAUCCUGCUGAACAGGGUCCCCGAGAUGUCCUGAAAUCUCAUACUGAAUCUCGUUAGUUAAGGCGCAAGCAGUUCGUGUAAUAUGGACUUGUUUGGUAGUGACUGUGUUCUCCACCAAGACUUUUGUGACAACUUUCUGGCCUGACUCAGUUUAGAGAUCCUAGAGUCGAGUCAGCUACAAAAGCGGAUCACGAGCGCGCACGCCGGGGCCGAGAUCGAUGGAGGUUUCAAAAUGUGUAGAUUCUGUGCCGGUCCCAAGUGUUCCUAGGAUCAAAAUGCCCGAAUGAGGAUCAGAGGCGCUGUAAGCUGGCGUGGUGGGCGUCCGGUCCAGGUGUGAUGCCCUUGGGUCAUGCCCACAUUGAUACUCCCUGUGAAGAUCCCAGAACGAGUAGAUUCCGCACAGCAUAGACCAAACCCGGAAGAAGUCUAUUGAAUACGAGGCCCAAGUGCAUGGAGAGGUUUCUCCAGCAAGUAGAAGGCGGGUUCAAUCGAGAAUCAUCUAGUCAGGAGAGAGACGUGCCGGCUCUUCCAAAGAGCCUGGCAGCGCAUUCGUGCCUUUGUCCAGUGCCCACUGCGAAGCUGAUCGUGAAAUGGAAAUCAAUUGCCGGGGAAAAUCCAGUGCUAUGUAAAGAAGAGUUCAAGCUAUCACAAGCAAGAAAGCAGUUGCAAGCACCGUGGAGUUCAAGAGAGCAUUGUGUUUACACAUCGUCCAGUAAGCAGGAGCGGCGAUACUGCGACUGUCCUUGGGGAGUAGCACAACUCAUCUCUCGACGUUCGCGUGCGUGCAUUGAUUACAGCAGCAGCUGACAGCUGCUCCUAGCUACUCGAGGAAGUGGUCCGCCUGAUCAUGAGACCUGUUUUGUAAAUCUCAACUGUCGAAUCGAGUAUCCUCUGCACGAAUAACUUGCGGCUCGGUACACUGCAAUCUCGGAAUCGUCGGCAGAAUGUCGAAGCAUGGGGAGAAGCCGGUGGGAGUGCGCUCGCUCAUAAUUCUGUGCAUGCUGCUGAGCCUGGUGCUGGUGCUGGUGACGGUGAGGCCGCUGGAGGUGAUGGGCAGCCUGGCCAUCUGCCGGGGCGAGGCGGGCCGCGGGCACCUGCCGCCGGGGGGCCAGGCCUGGACGCGGGUCAAGGUGGUGCCGGAGUGGCAGACGCCGGCCGUGGUGACGGACCGCGAGUACGAGAUGCUGCACGACGAGGCGUACGGCGUGGCGCGGCGCUUCGUGCCCAUGGGCACGGCGACCUUCCUCUUCGUGCACUUCUCGACGCACCGCGUCGAGCCCAACUCGUUCGCCGUGGUCGGCAUGGGCGCCAAGGCGCUCUUCCUCUACUCGAACCCGCAGUUCUUCUGCUCGUGGCACCCGCACGACUACCCGCUGCGCUCCACCGUGCACGCCAACGGCUCCUUCAUCCAGCCCGACCGCUGGCACGUCAGCUACGGCAAGCAGUACACGGGCACCGUGGUCUACUGCACCUUCGACCUGCCGGUGGGCAGCGACGGCGUCGGUGGCCACCUCGUGGUCACGGCCACGCACGGCACCAGCCACCGGUCGGGGCUCGAGGACCUGAGCUUCGUGGCCAAGGUCGAGGCGCCCGGCGAGUUCAACGCCUCGCGCUUCCGCGCGCCCUACGAGCUCGACCACGUCUACUGCGGCGCGCCGCUCUACGGCGCUCUGAACCCCAAGCGCCUGCGCGAGUGGAUCGCCUACCACGUGCGCUUUCUGGGCGACCGCGCACACUUCUUCCUGUACGACGCCGGCGGCAUCGAGGGAGCUGUCCUAGACGUGGUGCGCCCGUGGGUGGCCAAGGGCCGCGUCACCGUGAUGAACGUCCGCCAGGGCGAGCGCUACAACUCGCACUACCACAACCAGUUCGUCGUCCUCAACGACUGCCUGUUCCGGUCGCGCUCGCUCGCCGCCUGGACCUGGAUCUUCGACGUGGACGAGUACUUGUACAUGCCGCCGCAGUACUCCAGCGUCGACGAGGUCAUCAGCGAGCUCGAGUCCAAGUUCUGGGGCAAGCGCUUGCAGCGCAUCUCCAUGCUGCAGAGGCCCAUGGAUCACAAGCAUUGCGUCCGCGGUGGGGAUUCCAGCGGUCUCGACAGUGCGUGGGCUCUGGAGAAGUUGGUGUACAGAAGAACGCAAGUCACCGAGGCCGGAGGCCAAAUGGAUCGCAAGUCGGUGGUGCGAGCCGACUCGGCGUUGGCAGUGGGGCCGCACGAUCCGGUGAGGAUGAGAAUGCCGCCCGGUGCGACGGAGAUGGCCGAGGUGACGAUGUGGGAGUCGACGAGGCUGCAGUACUACCACUACCACGGCACGGUGAACAAGAAGGAGAGCGAGCUGUGCAACGAGUUUCUGGGACCGGAAGUUAAUGUGACGAGCUUCGACGACGUGCAGCACCAAUUCGAUGACUCCAUGAAGCUCCGCGUAGAAGGAGUUAAGAGGUUCGAGCUGGAAACCGUCGGGUCCCUAGAUGUGUGAUCGAUCUACCGAGUUAGUCGUGAUCGGUCCACCGCAGUCCACCACUCUACGUUGGAACCUACACUCUUUUGCUCAAUACCGACGGUCGAUCCAUUGGUCGAUCGAGAGGUCCGUAUUUCCACGUGCUGAGCAUCACACCGACGUCCGUGUUGCUGUUUCCAUCGACGCUCGCAUGCAAGCACAUCGAUGGGGAGAUUGAAGCUGCGGAGCUCGAAAGUCGUUAUUUAGCCAUAGCUUCCCAAGCGUUGCGGGGUGAAAACCACGCAGCCUGUGGAGAGAGAGAGAACAGAGGCGUAGAUCGAUGCAUGUAUAGAAUGACUUAUGCCGACUCAGAGCCGAUGCCGACCGUGACAGCCUUCGGCAGUUGUAUAGGUAUAGAAUGUAGAUCUCGAUAGGCUGGGUGGGUCGCUUGGUCGGUCUUAGAGGGGACUCCCUCGAGCUGAUGACUGAAUCUCCACAAGGUGUAUGUUUAAGAAGAAGCCACUCGUAGCUAGGCAAAGAUUCAUUCUACCGAGCUCAACUUUGCGCAAUAAACAGCACCAAUUCGA